AUGAGUGCAGGAGCUGGCGAGGGCGCAUACAGUUUCUCGCUCACCACCUUCUCACCCAGUGGGAAGCUGGUGCAGAUUGAACAUGCAUUGGCUGCUGUAGGUCAGGGUACAACCAGCCUAGGUAUUAAGGCUUCGAACGCGGUCGUGAUAGCUACGGAAAAGCGCCCACCAUCGCCACUUGUGGACGAUGCAGCGGUUGAAAAGGUGGCUUUGGUCUGCCCCAACAUCGGUAUAGUAUACUCUGGCAUGGGACCAGACUUCCGUAUCCUGCUGGCGCGCACGCGUAAAAUUGCUCAGUCGUACUGGAAAAUCUAUGGAGAAUACCCAACCACCAAAGUACUUGUGCAAGAGGUGGCGACAAUUAUGCAAGAUGCAACACAAAGCGGCGGUGUACGUCCCUUCGGCGUUUCUCUGUUGGUAGCCGGCUUCGAUGCUGUGCGAGGCCCGUCCUUGUACCAAGUGGACCCCAGCGGCAGCUACUUUAUGUGGAAAGCAAGUGCCAUUGGCAAGAACAUGACCAACGCCAAGACGUUCUUGGAGAAACGCUACAGCGAUGACAUCUCGCUAGAGGACGCUAUUCAUACCGCCAUUCUCACUUUGAAAGAAGGCUUUGAGGGCCAGAUGACGGAGAAGACCAUUGAAAUUGGUAUCAUUGGGCAAGCAACGAAGGCCCCGGUUGGCGCCAACCCAGAGCCUACACCAGUGUUCCGUCGUUUGUCCGAGCAGGAAAUCAAGGACUACCUUGCGUUGUAA